UCGAUGGACGAGUCAGUGCUGUGCUGUCGGCUUGACGUCGGAGCGGCAGCGGAAGCUGAAAGCAGAAGCAAAGAAGUCUGACAGAGCAGAGCGGAGAAGAGGGGAAGAGUUGAAUUGAAGGACGACCCUACUCGCGUCUCCUCUCGCUCUGUGUAAUGGAAGGCAGCAGCUACACGGACGAGUCGGCGGUGGGCUGCUUCCUCUCCGUCAAGACCACCCUCGGCGACGAGUUCGAGGGCCAGGUCGUCACCUACGAUCGGCCCUCCAACAUCCUCGUACUUCAAGAGGGUGCGAAGCAGGGUCCUCGUCGGAACAUAAGGCUGCUCAAGGCCAAUUACAUUAAGGAAUUCAGUUUCUUGGGUCACGGUGAUGACCCCCUUGAUCUCAAGAAAUGCUACAUUGAUCUGCACAGCUUGCAAGCUAGAGAAGAGCUCGCCUUGAGGCAGGCAGAAGCUGAGGCUGAGAGGAUAGGUGUUGGGGUCACUAGCGAAGCGCAGAUGAUUUUCGAUGCUUUGUCUAAGACGCUUCCAGUUCGUUGGGACAAAACUGUCAUAGUGGUCAUGAAUGAGGUUCGUGUGAGCAGUCCAUAUGUCUCUGAUUCCGUUUAUGGGGGCACUCCUGCUGCCAAUGACCGAGUGAAGAAAGUACUCGAGUUUGAAAGAAAGAGAUUGCAAUCCCGACCUGGCCAGUCAUGAUUCACGGUCCACCAUCUCGACAGCUGGCAAUUGUAACAUGAGAUGUUUGCUUCCUUGUAUGCUGCUAUCACUUAAUAUCGACCUCGUGUUAUGAAAUGCCGUUUGUUUGUCGAAAACUCGGGGGUUCUGCUGCAGUAUUGAGGAAUUUACUUUCCGAUAAUUUAAUUGUGGCAGGCAUGUCAUUUUGUGAGCGUUUUGUGGAAUUGGUGCUGAUGAUGAGAACACGAUGUACCAUUUGGUUUUCACUCAUAACUUUACAUGCCCUCUGCUGUGUGUUACUGCAAAA